AUGCCAUAUCUUCUGGUGGAUGAUACCUCAGGAGACCAACCAGUUAGAGACAAAGACUCACUACCUCUCAUGCUGCCAGCCUGGAAAGGUAAGAAUAUAAAAACUCAACCAUCUUUGAGCAAGAUGAGCAAGAAGGAAUUAGAGGACAAUUUCUUCCGACUUUGUGAAGAGCACAUGUUGGUGAAGGUAUUUUCUUGGAAGCAGCAGGAUGAGCUCAAAAGAAUAAGGAUGACCUUGCCCCGGUUGACCGCUGUAGGAAGGGACCUUCAGGCCCAGGCAGAAGUAGCGCAGCUCCCAGAGCUGGCAAGACAGCAGCGGAAUAUGGAAUGGAGGCAGCGCCCCACGUUGCACCAGCGCCCUGUUCUGCUCCAGCGACAAGUCCAGCGUGCUAGCUCUUCUCCCCAUCGCACUCAGCUUCCCACCCACAUGGCGCGAAAACAGCUCCAUACUGCAGGGUCAGUGGUGUCAAAGAAACCUAAGAAUGGGCCAAGAGACAGGCUGAGUUACACAGCUCCUCCUACGUUCAAGGAGCAUGUGACAAAUGAAAAAACCAGAGCUGAAAUAUUCAGUGAGCCCAGCAAACCGCCCCUUUAUAAUUUAUUUCAACAAAACCACAUAAUUACAGCUAAACUCACUGAUGUAUGCAUUCCUAGGAGUGCCCACAUUAUGACCAGCAAUACUACGCAAGUGGAAGAACCACCUAAGUCUGCUGAGGAAAUGUGGUCCAAAGAUGAUGAUUUUGAACAGAGAAACUCAUUGGAGUGUGUGCAGAAGGCCACAGAGCUUCGAGAUUCCAUUAGGGAGAAUGUAGAAUUGAUUCGACUUAAGAAGCUGUUACAUGAACGGAAUGCCUCAUUGGUAGUGACAAAAACGCAAUUAACAGAAGUUCAAGAGGCAUAUGAAACCCUGCUUCAAAAGAAUGAGGGAAUCUUGGGUUUAGCCCAUGAUUCCCUCUUUGGCCAAGUGAGUGAGCUUAGGGCAGAGCUGAAGGAAGAGAGCAAAAAAGCUGUGAGCUUGAAAACACAACUGGAAGAUGUGGACAUCUUGCAAGUGACUCUGAAGGAGUUUCAGGAGAGAAUUGAAGAUUUGGAAAAAGAACGAAAAUUGCUAAAUGACAAUUAUGACAAACUCUUAGAAAACAUGCUGGACAGCAGUACUUUGCCUCACUGGGGCAAUGAGCUCUUAGGUGAACAGCUACAGGAGAAAAUCUCUCAGUUACAGGAUCAGCUGAAUGCUGAGCUAGAAGAGAAGAGAGAACUCUUACUUCAGCUGACCAGAGAGAAAGUCCAAAACCAGGAUCUAAAGCUGGAAGUCACCAACUUGUUUCUGAAGCAUCAACAGGAAGUAGAGCUCCUCCAGAAGAAAACCACAAUUCUCCAAUCUCCUGGAGGGCAGUCAGAACCAGCCACUCCCCCAGCUCUGUUCCAAGAGACUGAUCAGAUCAAACCCUAUGAAGACAGAAACCAAAAGGAACAGAAACUGUCCCGGACGUUAAGUGAAUUGCAAGCAUCACAUGCAGAGACCACAUUGGAACUAGACAAGAUGAGAGACAUGCUUCUUUUGCAGCGCAAAAUCAAUGAUUGUUAUAAGGAGGAACUGGAGACAUUGGUGAUAAAAACUGAUAAAGAAAAGAAAGAUAGCAAAGAGAAACUGGAGAGACUGAAUCAACUAGUAGACCUCAAGAACAAUCGUAUCAAGCAGCUGGAAGGUAUUUUAAGAAGCCAUGGUCUACCAACAUCUGAACAGCUCAACGACGUGGCUUAUGGCACCUGACAAUUGUCAUUGUGUCUGGAAACACUACCAGCCAAUACAGAUGAGGAUAAAAUGGGCAUUUCUCUACUGCAUCAGAGUGAAAAUCUUUUUGAACUGCACCUGCAACAGGCCUUCCAGACAUCCGCUGCCCUGGCUCAGUCUAGAGCUAGCCAACCUACCACUUUUGGCACUUACUCCUUCUAUGAUUUCAAAACUCAUUGUACUCCAUUAGCUGUGGGGCCACAAGCCCUCUAUGACUUCACCUCCCAGUAUGUGGUGGACACACAGUAUGUUUUCCUGCACUACCUUCAAGGAGCUUCAGCCUGGCUUGAUCUUCACCAAGCCCUGGUCGGUGAGCUCUACACUCUUGCAACUGAAUGGAUUCACUUUGACAGGGUGCUGGACACCGUGGAGAAAGUCUAUGGCUCUACCAUGCUUACUGGAGCUGAUGGAGAAAACUUCGGAGUACUUGAGUACUGGAUGAGGCUUUGCUGCCCCAUAACUUCCAGCCUAAAGGCAUGAAGUAAGCUAAGGAAAGCUCAGGUCUACCUUUCAGCUAAUAUGCUUGGAGCCUGGAAGACUCAGGAGGAUGAGGAGUCUAGAUCAGAGGCUUAGAAGCAUCAGAAUGAGCUGUGUGUGGAGAUCAUCAGGUACUGUGGUGGUCUCCAGAGUCUACAGUUGGGAACCCAACCCAGUUCAUAUGUGGUAUACCACUUCUUCACUUUUCCUGACCACGGCACUGCCAUCAUUCCAGCCAGUAACAAUCCCUACUUUAGAGACCAGGCUUGAUUCCCAGUGCUUGUGACCUCUGACCUGAAUCAGUAUUUGUGACGGGAAACUCUACAUGUAUAUGUUUUUGAUGAUGAAGACUGAGAGUCUGCCUCAUACCUUGGCCAAGUCCAAGUACCUUUGCAGCCUCUUGCACAAAACAAUUCCAUUGAAGGUGAUUUUAACCUCACUGACCCUGUGGGAAAACCCAGUGGAUCUAUUCAAAUGAAACUAGAUUGGAAGUCUCACUACCUGCCCCCAGAGAACGUCCUGAAAACAGAAGCUAAUACUGAGGAGAAUGACAUCAAGGACAGUUCAGAGACCUUAUCUGAAGAGGAAAUGACUUCCUUUCAUUCCCAGGACCAGAUAGCAUCUGUUGAGAUUCUCACUGAGUCUCAAGUAAAGAGAAAAUCUUCUCAGAUGAAAGAAAGAAAGGAAAAGCAACACCAGAUUGAGAGCUACUCAAGAAGAAAACAUGGCAAAAGAGUAGGCAUCCAGGGAAAGAACAGAAUGGAGUACCUCAGUCAUAGCAUCUUUAAUGGAAAUAUAUUACAGAUGAACUACACUGAGUGGAAAUUCUCAGACCUUAAAAUCUCCACAGACAAUGAUUUAAAAACAAAUCAGCAAAAGGAAGAAGCUAUGACAUCAGUUUGCACAGCAUUGAGACAGAAGGAACCUCCUAUGAAUGGUGAAGAGUCCUAUGAAGAAGCUUCUGAAGUCAGUGAUGCUCAAACUACAGAUAAUGAUGACAUCGUAGUGACACCUAUAUCUCAAAAAUGUCCUAAGGCAAGAUCAGAAAAGAUGCGCAUUGAGAUAGUUUCCCUGGCCUUCUACCCAGAGGCUGAAGUGAUGUCUGACGAGAAUGUGAAACAGGUGUAUGUGGAGUACAGAUUCUACGAUCUACCCCUGUCGGAGACCGAGACUCCUGUAUCCUUGAGGAAGCCAAGAGCAGGAGAAGAGAUUUACUUCCACUUUAGUAAAGUGAUAGACCUGGACCCAUUGGAGCAAAAGGGCCGAAGGCAAUUUCUGUUCACCAAGUUGAAUGGACACGAUCCUGAUCAAGGACAUUUAAAGUUUACAGUAGUAAGUGAUCCUAUGGAUGAAGAAAAGAAAGAAUGUCAAGAAGUGGGAUAUGCAUAUCUUGAAUUGUGGCAAAUCCUGGAAUCAGGAAGAGACAUUUUACAGCAAGAAAUAGACAUUGUUAGCCCUGAAGACCAGGUCACCCCAAUAGGAAGGCUAAAGGUUUCCCUUCAAGCUGCUGCCGCUUUCCAUGCUAUUUAUAAGGAGAUGACAGAAGAUUUAUGUGAUGGAACAAAUGCUAUUCCAUUCCAAAAUCUGAGGGAACCACAGUAA